CAAAGUUCAUAAAGCAGAUCGUCAGUCAGUCACCACUUUAGGAUUAGAGGGCUCCAGCACACUCUGUUUUUGAAAUGGCCAGUAUCAUUAACCUAGCAUUUUCCUGCUUUCUCUGGUUCGUGUUCGUCCAUGGACAUUACACAUGGGACCCCAGCGCAGAUGAUGGACAGCCCCGCAUGAAUAUUUUCCAUCAUACCUGUGCCCUGAAGAUGGACGAGGGGCCCUGCAAGGCUUUACGGGAGAAAUUCUACUUCAACAUUGACACAGGCUCCUGUGAGAGCUUCGACUACGGUGGUUGUCAAGGCAAUGGCAACAAUUUUGAGUCCUUGGAAGAGUGUGAAGAAAUGUGCAUAGUGAAUGAGGAAAAGAACCCCUGCUAUCUACCAGACGAACCUGGGCCCUGCCGAGGACUGGUGCCCCGCUACUUCUUCGAGCGCAGGAGCCAGGGGUGCAAGCGCUUCUUCUACGGAGGCUGCUUUGGGAAUGCCAACAACUUCAGGACCAUGAAAGAGUGCCAAGCUAAAUGUCAGCAAACAGCCAUUCAUACUGACACGGAUGGUCUAAAGCCCACUAAACGCAGCCAGGAGGUUCACAUUUUAGCCAAUGUUGUCACGAAACCUCCUGAGGUAGUCACUCGUGCACCAGCUCGCAAGCCGGAAGCUGAGGUUAUUACAGAAGCUCCUGUGAGUGAGGCUCAUACACAGGCACCCAAGCUGGAACCUGUGGAUGUGGUUACAGCAGCUCCAGUGAAUGUGACACGCUUUCUGCAGCAGACUAAGGAGGCAGCAGGUCUCAACAUCCCCCAUUUCUGUCUGAGUCCCAUUGACCGGGGCGCCUGUGAUGGCACUGAGAGGAGAUACACUUACAACCCCAAGAAGAAGAGGUGCCAGCUGUUCCGCUACAGCGGCUGUGGAGGAAACAAGAACAACUUUGUGCACAAACGCCACUGCAUGAAGAUGUGUAUGAAAGGUCACAUUAAUAUGAGGGUCAUUCGGAUCAAGAAAAAGAACUCUCAUAUCUUACAACCUGACGAUUGAGUCUGAGGUCUGGCUAUAUAUGAUACAAGACAGCACUACCUUUCACUACCGAAUAUAUCUAUUUAUAUCAGUACACUGGGGGUCUUUAGCCAAUUCAGAUGAAGUGUCCUAAUCUUACAUCAUAGCUUCACAUUAAUUGUAUUGUAUUGUAUUAUUUGUUAUUUUUCUAUUCUUUGUAUUUCCCUUGGUGUGUGUAUCCCUCCUCUUAUUAUGCACUAAAUUGUAUGUAUUUUAAUACAUUUUGAUUAUAUUAAAGUUUUUUUGUCUACAUA